AUGGCGUCAAAUCUGAAGAUUGCGCUUAUUCAGCUAUACUCCAAGCCACUCGACAUUGCCGGCAACUUUGCCCGCGCAGAGUCCUACAUCCGCAAAGCCGCCGCCCAGGGCGCAAACCUCGCCGUCCUCCCCGAAUACCAUCUCUCCUCAUGGAAGCCCGACUCCGACAUCCUCCUCGCCGAGGCCAGGAAGCAGACGCCGUAUCUCGCGCGGUACCAGGCCCUCGCCAAGGAGCUCGGCAUCUCCAUCGUCCCCGGCACGAUCCUCGAGCCGCUGCCCGCUGACGAGGGCGAAGAAUCGUCGACCGAGGGCGUCGCCAACGCCGCGUACUUUAUUGGGCCUGAUGGCGCUGUGCUGGGCCGCUAUCAGAAGAAGAACCUGUGGCAUCCCGAGAGGCCGCACCUGACUGCCGAUGCGCUGACGCCUCAUACGGCGUUUGACACGCCGUUUGGUCGCGUUGGGCUGAUUAUCUGCUGGGACUUGGCUUUCCCCGAGGCGUGCCGCGCGCUGGCUGCCGAUGGAGCAAAGUUUGUCAUCUGCCCUACUUUCUGGCUCAACAGCGACGGAGGCGACAUUGGCGCCGAAGUAAACCCAGACUGCGAGCGAUUAUUCCUGGAGAACGUGGCCGUGGCGCGGGCCUUUGAGAACACGUGCGCCUUCGUCUUCAACAACACGGGGUCGCCGCUGGGCUCGGUGGCAACGGGCAAGGACGACGAGGGCACGGAGUUUAUUGGAUUGUCGCAGGUGGCGAUGCCGCUGCAGGGCGCGCUGGGCAAGCUGGGCGUGGAGGAGGGGAUGAGCCUUGUGGAUGUGGAGGGCAAGGUGCUGGAUAUUGCGGAGGAGGUGUACAAGGUGAGGGCGGAUAUUGCGUUGGAGGAGUGGCAUUAUGCGCAUACGUUGAAGAAUCUUGCGAAGUGA